AUGAUCCUAUCAAUUUCAAGCCCAGCAGACUUGAGGCAGAAUGCAGCAAAUUUGCUGCAACUGUUUAAUCUAGAGCGUCCAAUCCAAAUCACUGCGAGCUUUAUCUCAGCCUUGAAAAAUAUGUGGACUGGGUCUAGCGAUACGGAGGAACACCCUCUGCUCCAGAGCAACGAAACCGUUUACGCCCACACAUCGUUCCGGUCAUAUCUCCGGCCUAGCGACUAUGGCAUAGUUCGAGAAAUCACCUCUAUCACCGGGUCUUCCGAUGCUCUAAGCUCUCUUUGGAGGAUUGCCAAACAAGGCCCACCUAGUUUUCUACGAAACCAGAAUUUUCUCCUUCCAGGGUUAGACAAAGUCGCGGUUUUGAAAGGAAUGACGGGGUCAAACUCUUUGAGAGCAGCAGUUCGGAAUUCAUGUCUUACACUGACUAUCAUGAAAGACCAGUCGAGCUCACCGGUUUUUGACUGGAUGAAAGAAGACUCGCAUGGCGAAUAUACUUCAAAUUUGUGGAUUAACCUUGGUCACCAGUCUUCUGGAAUUAUCAUGUCACCGAUUUUCGGAUACUCUUGCGCAAUGGAAAGGAUCUGCAACUCCGAUGAAUACAUUGGUCCAAACUUAGAUGAGUUGCUGCGCUGGGCAGACGGGGAGUGUUUCUUUGAUCGGGGUGCAGUUAUUUUCAAGACGCCACUGAAAUCGCGAGACAACUGGCCAUGGUACUGUCUGACCGUCUUUGAUUAUACUGAUCAGGAAGAUCGGCCAAUUCUGGGUCGAAAGCUGUUGCGCCUGCUAGAUGGAAGGGUUCUAGUUGAAGGUCAUUUGGUACGCAAUGUAACGCCAGAGGACCAGGGUUUCAUUAGAAAUUGGGCCAAUGCUCUUUUGGAGGGGGAUUUGGUAGAAUCGUUUGGAGAUUCUUACCUCCACUAG